UUGCAUAUACGCUAUGUGCUCAAUGAAUCAAUCUCAGUUGGUGUACUUGGUUCCCUUUACUUGGAUGAUCUUCCCACUCCACUAGAACUUCGCAAAGCGUUCUGGACAAAAUACGGUUCCCUUCGAUUGCGAUGUAAUACAACGGUACCUUUCCCCAAAAAUUCUCUUCCAUCAAUUCUGAAUCUUUUUGAAAUCAAUGUUGUUGGGAAUGUGAUGUUGCGGUUAUGCAGCUGCUUGCCAAUCGCCGUACGGCUCUUUGUCAUUUAUUGCAGAAGGACAUUAAUUCGAAACGAUUUUGAGAAAUCUUCUGUUGUUCAUAAUCUAAUGAAUGAGUCGGUGCUGAUGCUAACUUUUGUGGAAUUGUUUUCAAUGGCUUUAUUCAGCAUCGUCACAAUUCGAAGAGAUUCUGCAGGCUCAUGA